CUUGUUGGAACUACUUAUAUAUAGAAGGACGAAUGAAGGUACGAGGUCACGUGGAAGUUCUCAAGAGACCCCUCGUUCAUUCCACGCGCCACUCUUCUUCACACCCAAUCGGCGAAAUUCAAUUCAAUAGCGUUCCAUGGAAUUGGGUUCGGAUUUGGAUUGGUCCUCUUCCUCCGCCGCGUACUCCCUCCUCCUCCGCGCCCUCUCCCUCAUUCCGACCUCGCACUACCUCCUCGCCGCCUCCCUCCUUCUCCUCACCUUCCUCUACCGCUUCCUCGAGCUCCAUAUUCUCCAAGACCUCUUCUCCUUCUCCUCCGGUUCCCCCGUCACUUUGACCUACAACUCCGGCUCCCGCUUCUACGACGCCGUCGUUUCCAAAUGCAAGCUUCUCCACGGCUCCUACCGCGCCACGCCCUGGCUCUCCAGUCCGCAUCUUCAGACCGUCUUCCUCAACUUCUUCGGGAGACCUCCGUUUUUCAAAUAUAGAAGACAACUGUUUACCACUCCGGAUGGUGGAACCAUUGCUUUGGACUGGCUAAUGAGUUCUGAUGUUUCUGGUGGUACUAUCCAUAUGGAUGAUGUUAUUUCUAAAGACGAUUCCACUCCCAUUGUUGUAGUAAUUCCUGGUCUGACAAGUGACUCUUCAUCCGCUUAUCUCAAACAUCUCGCAUAUCAUACAGCGAAGUGUGGAUGGAAAGUUGUUGUCAGUAAUCACCGAGGACUUGGAGGUGUUUCAAUCACGUCUGAUUGUUUCUACAAUGCUGGAUGGACUGUGGAUGUCCGCACAGUGGUUAAUUAUCUACACAAAGAGAACCCCAGGGCACCUUUAUUUGUUGUUGGAACUAGCAUUGGAGCUAAUAUUCUGAUAAAAUAUCUUGGUGAGGAAGGUGAGAAUAUUCCUGUAGCUGGAGCGGUAGCUGUUUGCUCUCCAUGGGACCUUCUGAUAGGAGAUCGAUUUAUAACACGUAGGCGUGUGCAGAAGUUUUAUGAUAAAGCACUUGCAAUUGGACUUCAAGGUUAUGCAAAAUUGCACCAGCCUCAUUUUUCUCGCCUUGCUAAUUGGGAAGGGAUAGAAAAGUCAGUUUCCAUUCGAGAUUUUGAUAAUCAUGCCACCCGCAUUGUUGGGAAGUAUGAGACUGUGGAUACGUACUAUAGACGCUGCAGCAGUUCUAUUUAUGUGCAAUCUGUUUCGAUUCCACUUCUCUGUAUUAGUGCUCUGGAUGAUCCAGUUUGUACCAGGGAAGCCAUUCCCUGGGAUGAAUGCAGGGCAAACAAAAAUGUUGUCUUGGCUACUGUAAAGCAUGGAGGACAUCUGGCAUUCUUUGAGGGGAUAACUGCAUCUGGCCUGUGGUGGGUAAGAGCCGUUAAUGAAUUCCUUGAUGAGCUACACUCUAGCCAUUUCAUGCAUGUACAGAAGAAGAUCUCUAAACCAAGUACACCAUUGGACUCGUCAAUUGAUCAGGGCCCUUAUGUUAAUGUUACCGAAGAUGGAAUGGUGGCUGCAUUGAACAAUGAGCCAAAAUCUGACAAUGUGGAAGAAAUACAGGAUACACAUCGUGACAGUCUCAAGAGGAUUCCAGUAGAAGUGGAUAAACCAGACGAGGAUGAGACUGAUGCACAGAGUGUCGAUUCGUCUGGCAUUCCUCAAACAGCGAGUGCCCACGAUGCAGCAGUGCAUAUAAUAACACCUUUCAAGAAAUACCUAAGCCAGUUAUCUCGACAAAAUCGAUGGUCCACCUGGUUGCUUGUUUAUAUUGCUAUCACCACAAGUUGGCCAGUGGUUGGCUCGGCUCUAUAUAUUUUGUUUGGGAAAAAGAAAAGGAAUGUCUUACCAGAUGGUUUGGUCAGAAGAUAAUUUUUUGAUUGCUAAUAUAAUAAUAUUAUUGAUGUAUUUGCCUGUGUAGAGAUGUAUAAUAAUGUACUUACUCGUCCUACUAUUCUUUUGCCCCGCAAUCGGGGGAUUAUGCAUUUCUAGCUUAUGCAGAAAUUAAUUUCUACUUACAGUUUUUUUUUUCCUUAAACCACUGGUUGCUAGUCAGUUCUCACCUUGUCCCGCAACAAACGGAAAUGCCUAUACACAAUUUUGAGAUCACGAGGGAAAGUGGUUAAUUGGCUUGCAACGGAACUUUGGUUCCUCUAACACUCAUGGCAUAUUAUGGGGAUUGCUCUCAGAUCUUCAAGUAUCUUGGGACAGAGGUAUGAGCAACUUUUGGGUUGAAUGAAUGAAUCUGACUCGCUGGUAGGAGUGCAACUGGUCUUGCAAGGAUGCAAUCAAAAUCACCCUUUUUGGAGUAUGGUGGAAUUAAUCAGGAUGACCUUGCCAAGUCAGAUUGUAACCUGUUCUGGGCCUUUACCCUCUUCGUCAUAUAAAAAAAAACGUACAUGAGCGUAUAUAAAGAUGGAAACGCCAUAUUUCAAAUUUACUUGAGUCAAUAUUAAGAAUCUAAUUCAAUUUUAAAUAAUUGACUUGUAAGAUAAGAGAUAUUUUUUCACUUAUAUACUCUCAUGCGAGACUUACAAUUUUUUUCAA